AGGCAGUUAGAAUUGAACUGCUGAAUUGCAGUUGGCCGAAGUAGUCUGCAAUACUGCAUUCCAACCACUGUACCGCCACGGCUCUUGUGGUGGCGCUACCACAUCCUGUUUCCAGAAUCUUCAAUGCAGAUAGUAUGUCUCUGGAUUUCAUCUGACAAUUUUUGUUUGGUGAUCAGCAAUCCCUGUCAGUUCACUAGGCAGCUAUAGUGCUCACACAUACUGCACUCACAAUUCCAAAUAAUCACCAGCCAGGAAGGUUGGAAAGACACCUGUCCUAAUUUAAAUGCAUAAAAACAUAAUGACUUUAAUCAAAAUAGAAGUCUCCAGUGGGAAAUUUAUCCAGAUGAUCAAAGUGGUAGUUCAAGAAAUCUCAAAAUUUCUGACCUCAUUGGUGAAACAGAUGUGAAGUCUAAUUUAAGAUUUAAUUUUAAAGGUGUUCUACAUAGGACAUAGUGGGUAAACUUGGGCUUGAUAGAUUAGAGGCUAAAAUGUGCUUUUCUGGCCUUGGACUCUUUAACUUUCAUGCAUAAAUUUCAUCAACCAUUUUCCAAAGAUAAAUAUUUGCCAUAGUUACUUCAGUGUUACUCUUUGACUACUUACAAAAUUCACUACAAAUAAAGUCCCUUCCAAAUUGACGUUUUUCUUUUUCUUCCAACAUGGGGAAGAGUAUCCCACGUUACAUUUUACUGGCCCUUAUUCCUGCUCUUGUAACUUCAGAUAUUUUGAUACACCCACUCAGAAACAUUGAGAAGAGAAGUGCCACUGAUGUGCACACCCAUGCCAUAGAAAUCUACUGGGUGAAAAUUGACUGCAGUGUUACUUCCAGGUUUUCCCGUAACGUCAUCACUAGUCGAGCUGUGAAUCGUGCCAAUGUGUCCAAGGAAGCUCAGUUUGAUGUGGAGCUUCCUAAAACAGCCUUUAUUACAAACUUUACAUUGACAGUUGAUGGUGUCACUUAUCCUGGAAUCAUAAAGGAAAAAGAAGCUGCCCAAAAGCAAUAUCAACAAGCAGUUUCAAGAGGCGAGACUGCAGGUCUUGUGAAGGCUGCUGGAAGAAAAACAGAGAAAUUCAGUGUUUCGGUCAACAUUGCAUCAUCCAGCAAAGUUACUUUUCAAUUGACUUAUGAAGAACUCUUGAAAAGAAAAUUAGGAAAAUACGAGGUGUUUAUCAAAGUAAACCCAAAGCAGCUUGUCAAUAAAUUCGAGAUUGAAGCAAACAUCUUUGAGCCUCAAGGCAUCAGUGAACUUGAAGUUGAAGGGACAUUCCUCAGCAACGAACUGCUACCAGUUGUGAAAAAGUCUUUUUCAGGAAAAAAGGUACGUCUGAUUGUACUGGAAGUUGCAAACAUUACUAAUUCUUCCCAAUAUUACUACAUGUACCAGUCAGCUCUAAAUGAGACAUGGCAUAGAGCAACCACAAUCAAAGAUACAGGCACAAAAUUAUUUGAGAAUACUUCACAAAAGUAA